AUGGUCGCGCCCAACUCGGUCGCCGAGAACGUCUUUGGCACGCUCGGCGCAGUAUUUUGGUCCGGGCAGCUCGCGCCGCAGCUCUGGAAGUCGUGGCGCCGCAAGGACACGGCCGGGCUCUCGACGACCAUGAUGUUCCUGUGGUACAUCAGCGGCAUCUGGCUCGGCGCCUACUGCUACACCUCCGACCUCUCGAUCCCCCUCAUCAUCCAGCCCCAGCUCUUCACCCUCUUCUCGACUCUCGCGUGGGCUCAAUGUCUGCAUUACGACUCGGGCUACAGCACCUUGUCGGCGUGGGUCGUCGCAGGCGUCGCUCUAGCCGUCGGCGGCGCGGUCGAGGCAGGGCUCGUCGUCGGGUGCAGGCACCUUCAAGACCAGGGCAACGAGCGUCUGAACACGGCGACAGGCGUCAUCGCCGCCGUCUUCGUCAUUGCCGGGCUCCUGCCCCAGUACUACGAGGUUUUCAAGUUCAAGGCCGUCAUCGGCAUCUCGCUCAUCUUCCUCAGCAUCGACCUCCUCGGCGGCGUGUGGUCGCUCCUGUCGCUCGUCUUUUCCCCACCUCCCUUCGACGCCCUCGCCGCCGUCAGCUACUCGUCCGUCGUCGGCCUCGAGAUCGGCAUCUUUAUCCUUGCGGCGCUCCUCAAUCCCCGGUACUGGCGCAACGAGCGAGCGCGCAAGCUCGAGGAGGAGGAGAAGGAGGGACGAGAGGGCGGGCAGGAGGAGCGGGAACGGGGCGAGGCUCGGAUGGCGCUCGACUCGAGGGAGAGCACGUUGACGGGUGCUGCUGUGCCGACAAUCAAGGCGAGCGUCGAGAGAGGGCCCAUGGAGGGGGCGCACAGGGUGAGCAGCCGGUCGAGCCGCCACAGCCGGGAAGGAGGGUUCGGCUGGCUCGGCGAGGACGAGGUCGGGCACGAGCACUCUCGCGCUCACGAAGCUGUCUAGAGCUAGACGUUGUAGAUCCUCGUUGUACUGCGAGGCAUGUUGGACGUU